UGGCCCCCGCCCCCCUUGCCCCUACCCAGCCCGUAGUAGUUGCCCGGCGUGCGCCCGCCGAGCGCCCGCCGAGACCGGGAACAUGGCGCUCUGAGCGAUGUAGCCGCGGCGGAGGAGAAGCGGAGGAGGCGCUGCCGCUGCGCUGACAGCCAGCCACCAGAAAUAUACUGUGGCAAAAUGCUUCCACCUCUUGCCAAAAUGAACACUGAAGAAAAAUGAAGAACACUGAAGAACUCCAACAAAAAGUUGCAGGACAGAAAUAGCCAAACUCCUCUGGAGUCCGAUUCAUCCACAGCCAUCAAAAAAAGGUUUGCAUCAUGUUUGGAAAGAAAAAGAAAAAGAUUGAAAUAUCUGGUCCCUCCAACUUUGAACACAGGGUGCACACUGGGUUUGAUCCACAAGAACAGAAGUUUACGGGCCUCCCCCAGCAGUGGCACAGCCUGUUAGCCGACACCGCCAACAGGCCCAAGCCCAUGGUAGAUCCUUCCUGCAUCACACCCAUCCAGCUGGCGCCCAUGAAGACAAUCGUUAGAGGAAAUAAACCGUGCAAGGAAACCUCCAUCAACGGCCUGCUGGAGGACUUUGACAACAUUUCCGUGACUCGCUCCAACUCCCUAAGGAAGGAAAGCCCGCCCACCCCAGACCAGGGAGCCUCCAGCCACAGUCAAGGCCAUCGGGAAGAAAAUGGCUUCAUCACCUUCUCACAGUAUUCCAGUGAAUCCGAUACCACUGCUGACUACACGACUGAGAAGUAUCGAGAGAAAAGUCUCUAUGGCGACGACCUGGAUCCAUUUUAUAAGAGCAGCCAUGUGGCCAAGCAAAAUGGGCACGUCACGAAGACCAAACACGGGGAGGCCCACUAUCCUGAGAUGAAGCCUUGGAAGUCCGAUCUCGCCAGAUUUCCCCUUGAUUAUCACGCACACUUGGACUCACUAAGUAAACCAAGUGAAUACAGCGACCUCAAGUGGGAGUACCAGAGAGCCUCAAGCAGUUCCCCUCUAGAUUAUCCAUUCCAAUUCACGCCUUCUCGAACUGCAGGCACCAGUGGGUGCUCCAAGGAGAGUCUGGUGUUCAGCGAAAGCGAGUGGGGACCCAGCCUGGAUGACUAUGAUAGGAGGCCAAAGUCGUCCUACCUGAAUCAGACCAGCCCUCAGCCUACCAUGCGGCAGAGGUCCAGGUCAGGCUCGGGGCUCCAGGAACCGAUGAUGCCCUUCGGAGCCAGUGCAUUUAAAACCCACCCCCAAGGACACUCGUACAACUCCUACACCUACCCUCGCUUGUCCGAGCCCACAAUGUGCAUUCCAAAGGUGGAUUACGAUCGAGCACAGAUGGUCCUCAGCCCUCCACUGUCAGGGUCUGACACCUACCCCAGGGGCCCCGCCAAACUACCUCAAAGUCAAAGCAAAGCGGGCUAUUCCUCAAGCAGCCACCAGUACCCAUCUGGGUACCACAAAGCCACCCUGUACCACCACCCCUCCCUGCAGACCAGUUCCCAGUACAUCUCCACGGCUUCUUACCUGAGCUCCCUGAGUAUCUCAUCCAGCACCUACCCCCCACCCAGCUGGGGUUCCUCUUCAGACCAGCAGCCCUCCAGGGUGUCCCACGAACAGUUUCGGGCUGCUCUGCAGCUGGUAGUCAGCCCAGGAGACCCCAGGGAAUACCUGGACAACUUUAUCAAAAUCGGAGAAGGGUCAACCGGCAUUGUGUGCAUCGCCACCGAGAAACACACGGGGAAACAAGUUGCCGUGAAGAAGAUGGACCUCCGAAAGCAACAGAGGCGAGAACUGCUUUUUAAUGAGGUUGUGAUAAUGCGGGAUUACCACCAUGACAACGUGGUUGACAUGUACAACAGCUACCUUGUUGGCGAUGAGCUCUGGGUGGUCAUGGAAUUUCUAGAAGGCGGUGCCUUGACGGACAUUGUCACUCAUACCAGAAUGAAUGAAGAACAGAUAGCUACUGUUUGUCUGUCGGUUCUAAGAGCUCUCUCCUACCUUCACAAUCAAGGAGUGAUUCACAGGGACAUAAAGAGUGACUCCAUCCUCCUGACAAGUGAUGGCCGGAUAAAGUUAUCGGACUUUGGUUUCUGUGCUCAAGUUUCUAAAGAGGUGCCCAAGAGGAAAUCACUGGUUGGCACUCCCUACUGGAUGGCGCCCGAGGUGAUUUCUAGGCUACCUUAUGGGACAGAGGUGGACAUCUGGUCCCUCGGGAUCAUGGUGAUAGAAAUGAUCGAUGGCGAACCCCCCUACUUCAAUGAGCCUCCCCUCCAGGCCAUGCGGAGGAUUCGGGACAGUUUACCUCCAAGAGUGAAGGACCUACACAAGGUUUCUUCAGUGCUCCGGGGAUUCCUAGACCUGAUGCUGGUGAGGGAACCCUCCCAAAGAGCCACAGCCCAGGAACUCCUUGGACAUCCAUUCUUGAAACUGGCAGGUCCGCCAUCUUGCAUCGUUCCCCUUAUGAGACAAUACAGACAUCACUGAGUAGAGGAUUCUACUGGUGGAAUAGCUGGAAGAGCUAGAUGAGGACAUGAGGAUAAUUCAGGAGAACAUGAGGAACAUGAAAAAGGCCUGUGUACUCUAACCAGCUGAUCAGUGGGACAAUGUGAUAACAGGCAGGGUUCAACAGACCAGGGCAUCUUCUUGUGUCUUAAAACAGGCAUCUCUCCACUGACAGCUGCUGUGGUCAUUUGGAACACGGCUUUAAUAAGUCAUUAUUAUAUUUUUCAACCCUUCAUCCAGCAAAUCAGAAGGACUCAGUACAAACUCCGUUACGACAUAUCCUAGCCACAUGCAGGGUAACGCAUAGGAUUUUCUAUAUUGAAAGAAUACUUUUCUGGCAAAAAAAAAAAA